UAUUCAGCAAAGCAACAGCUACCCCUGAGCUCAUCAGAGAGGGCCAGAACAACAACAUGGAAAACAUUGUUGAUGUCAAGAUAGACACCAUGGGGGAAAGAAAGCCAAUGAGGCAGAAUCCACUGAGCAAAGGUGGGAAGAGAGUCUGCAAAGCUGUUGGGUACAUCACUGGAGACAUGAAGGAAUUUGGAGCCUGGCUAAAAGAUAAACCUCUCAUGAUCCAGUUUUUUGACUGGGUGCUGCGUGGGAUAUCCCAGGUGAUGUUUGUCAACAACCCCCUCAGUGGGCUGAUCGUCCUUGCUGGCUUUGUGCUGCAGAACCCUUGGUGGGCACUCACAGCGUGUUUGGGCACAGUUGUCUCCACCUUAACAGCACUCAUUCUGGGUCAGGACAGGUCAGCCAUAGCAGCCGGCCUGUAUGGAUACAACGGGAUCCUGGUGGGAUCACUUAUGGCCGUCUUCUCUGCUAAGGGGGACUACUACUGGUGGCUCCUGCUGCCCAUAGCACUGCUGUCCAUGACCUGCCCUAUUUUCACCAGUGCUUUAGCUUCAGUCUUCUGUAAGUGGGACCUGCCUGUUCUCACUUUGCCUUUCAACUUGGCCUUGACCCUCUAUCUGGCUGCAUCAGGACCACACAACCUCUUCUUCCCUACCACUGUCAUUCAGCCUGCAACAGCAACACCAAACAUCACCUGGACAGAUGCUGAAAUCACAAUGCUCCUGCAAUCUAUUCCAGUCGGUGUGGGUCAGGUUUAUGGUUGUGACAAUCCUUGGACCGGGGGAAUUUUCCUGGUGGCUUUAUUUAUCUCUUCCCCACUCAUUUUUCUGCAUGCAGUGAUCGGCUCAGGAGUGGGGAUGCUGGCAGGGCUGAGCUUAGCAACGCCGUUCAGCCAGAUCUACUCCGGGCUGUGGGGCUACAACAGCUCCCUCUCCUGCGUUGCCAUGGGGGGCAUGUUCUACGCCCUCACCUGGCAGACACAUCUGCUGGCGAUUGCCUGUGCACUCUUCAGUGCCUACCUGGGAGCAGCAGUGUCCAACAUGCUGUCUGUGUUUGGGGUGCCAUCAGGAACCUGGUCUUUUUGCUUGUCUGCACUGACUUUCCUGCUAAUAACCACGACCAACUCUGCCAUCUACAAGCUGCCACUCUCCAAAGUCACCUACCCAGAAGCCAACCGAGCUUAUUAUCUGAAGAUGAGGAAACUCAAGAAGAGAGAUGCUUGGCAGACUUUUAAGGCAACACCACAAGAUGCUUCCUCAAUAGACUGUAAUUUGUGUGCUGCAAAGUCAAACAUCACCUUCUGAAUGGACAGACUUUCUGCACCACACCUUGUUUGUUCUAAGUAGAACAAAAUUUCUAUUAGAUAUAGAAACUGUGUUGGAAGGACCUUCUCCGAGACAAGCCUGUAAUGAUUUUAAAGCACAUAUGUCUGAAAAAACACUUGAAUAAUAAAGGAAUGGGGAAAUCACA